GUUUUCUCCUAAAAAGACUGCAAAAAGCCUGAGCAACACCAAACUGACACGGCGCCAACUUCCUCUUUAUCUGUUGCUGCAUGACUUCAUGCACUGAUCGAACAUCAGCGAGCAUGCACAUUAGUGUGUUUACAAACUCUUUAUCAACCAAAUCACAAACCUCAGAGGAAGACAAAGACUUAACUUUCAAACGCUUAUCUUUGGAUAGAAUCACUGUAGCACUCUCCUGUUGGUACACAACACAUUGCACAACCCACCUGUUGACUGCACAGUGAAGAGUUUAUUCUAGUUUGAGGUUUCUCACCUGUGUAUUUUUUAGACAAAUUGGACAACAUGGAAUCACUUGAAGAGCCAUAAAGACAUGUACAUGCUUACUUACUAAAAGUAUGUAAAUCAUACUCAAUUUAAUUCAAAGAGGAAACUCCUGGACUGGUGAAGCAAAAUCUUUAUUCCUAAAAACCUAAUAAUAAUAUUUUUUUUGGUAAUAGUUAACAAUGUGAUAUUUUGGACACUUGAGUGCAAUUGUUGUUUAUGAAUUUCAAAUUAGUUUGACAUUUAGCAGACAUAUAAUAAAUAGAAUAGGCCUAAACUGCAGAUUUAUUUUAGCUGAGUGAUUAUAAAGGAUGUAUAGAACAGGAGCAGAGUGUGUUUGUCACUAUCGAGAAAGGAGUUUCCAUUACAACCUUUCCUUCACCGUUGCAAAUGUGUAUUUGCACGUGUUUUUGGUGUCUUACCAACCAAUCCAAAUGAAUCCCACAACAGUGCUGAUAUGAAUGUCUUCCAGCUUUGUGCCUGUAAAUACAAGUUCAUGAAAUGAAUUUGCAUGCACCUCAGUUUUAUUAUGACUCAUCUACAGACUCGCACAUUUCAGAUGUAUUGCAAGUGGUAUUUAAAACGGGGUCAACUAAUGGUGAAAGUGUUCUAUUGCUUAACCACGUUUUAUAAAAAGACACCAGAGACUGUUGUGCUGUGAGACUACUUUUGUGAAACUGCAGCCUUAACCCCACCUGUUCUUAAAAAAGCACAUCCUCUAUCACCAACAUGAGAGUGAUAGCUAUCAGUGUAAGAAAAAAAAACGGAAAAAAAACUCUGGCUCUCUCAGUCGUCAUUAAACACCAGAGCGUCCUGACAAGUCGACUCAGUUCAGACGUCUCAGGGCUGAGGUGAUGUGAUGGAUCGGAGCUCGACAUUGAGACUGAGGCUGAUUCGGCUGAACGUGGUUCUGCUCGUGUCUGCCAGCAUCAUCUGUCUGCAUGGAAAUCCUAUCGCAGGGGACCACGAUCUUCACUGUGUGAACGAUUACUUGUUCACCGUCAACUGCACCCUGAGCCUCAAACCAUCAGAAAACACCUCUGGCAGCAACAGCUCCUACUGGCUCGAUUUCACAGAAACAUUUGAACCAAAGACGUUUCAGUGCAUGCUGACAAACACUGACAGGGAUUGUUUCUGCUCUGUUAAAACAUCUGAUCUGACGCCUGACAGCGAAUAUCCAGAGAUGUUCACAGACACAGAUACUUUUAAAAUCUCACUCUGUCACAACCAGACUGAUGGAUCUAAAAUGUGCGAGGAGCUGGAUGGCGAAUACACACCUCAAACCAACAUUAAACCAAACGCACCGUGCGGCCUCACGUUCAGCAACAACUCAGGUCAACACCACUUCACCUGGAGCAGCACCUAUGAGGAAUAUGAGCCUUACACGGGUCUGGUCAACAGCUUCAAGUAUCAGCUUCAUUAUUUUAGAAGAGGAGACGAACAUGACGACAAUGAGGUGAUCUCACGUGAUAUCUACACAGAAAGAACAAACUAUUCUGUGGACGAUCACGUGUUUGUGCCGGACUCAGACUACGCUGCCAGUGUACGGUCCAGUCCCAACAUGGUUUUUUACCAAGGAGAGUGGAGCGACUGGUCCGAUGAGGUUCACUGGAGGUCGGCCAUGAAUGAUCUCCCCAGAAACACAUUUAUUACGGGGCUGGGGAUGAAGGUGUUCAUCACCUUAUGUGUGCUGGUGCCACUCAUCCUACUUAUGUGCUAUGCUCCUGUAAAGAUAUGGAGGCAGAGUGCCUUCAUCCCAACUCCAGCUCCCUAUUUCCACACCCUGUACUCCAACUGUCAAGGAGAUUUUAAGAGCUGGGUGAUCACACAAGAAGGCACAGCAGACAUGCUGAAAGCAGAGGCCAUGCUCCAAAUCGACACCCUGACCCCGUGUGCAGACGUCCCAGAGGACAAGCUUCAGCCCCACUUUCACCACCGGCUGAUGGAGGGCAGCGUGUACAGUAACUUAAUCAACACAGAGUGUGAUACCUCACACCUCGUCCCUUAUGCUGUGAACACCAUGGAGCCACUGUCAGCUCCAGGGAGUCUGACCCUCAGUUCUCAGCCGGGUAGCCCAGCUGAGGGGGACUCUGGGUGCUGGCUCUGCAGCGACUCCUCCCUGGAGAAGGACUCUCCUUGGUACUUUAGUAAAUACUGCACCCUGAGCAGCCUCACGCAGACUAGUCCAUUCACAGCAGAGCAUCAUGGGAGCUUGUCAACAAAAUGUUCCUCACAGCAGAUCAUCAGCAUGGAUGCCACUGGGGAAACACAGUGAUUAGUGUGUAUGAAGUAACUAGGGCAGGAUAAUAGUUAGAAAUGUAGCUGUAAACAAGUUUAAACUCCAGACAUGUAGAGCUUCGCAAUACUGCAAACGGCUACUGUAAAUGCUUUACAACUUUUCAUAGUCCAGUGGUGAGAAGCCAUUAUGACGCUCAGCAAACUAUAAGAUGUUACAGCAUUAUGUUAAAUGUAAAUGAUAUCAAUGUAUAACCUUUGUUACGCACUUGCAAAAAUAAAUAGCCGUCAGAUUUGAGGGAAAAAAAUAUUUUAGACUAAUUGUACAUGAGUGAAUAUUUUGCUUUGAUCCUACCUGCAACGAUCUUAUUGUAUUUUCCUCGUGUAAUAAAGAAAAUGCAAACAU